AUGCGCGAACUCGGUUCAGAAAAAUUCUCCGAGACUGUCUUCUUGACCGAGAGGGAAGAGAUACUCGAUCCCGCGCAAUGGGAUGAACGUUCCAAGGGCUCUGCGGCUGCGAGAGGUGGAGUCCCUAACCCCAAUGCCAGGGGAGGUGUGGAUUCCGGGCUGCUCAGUGUGGAAGAGAGGGAAUUGCAAGCUGUAAAGCGAGCUGAAGAAGAAGAGAGGCAUGGGACACGAGGGAGAGAUUUGAUGGGCGAAGGAGGAAGCGGUGCGGGACAAGGGAAAGGUGGUGUGAUGAUGAAGAUUGCUGAUGAAGCCAAGUCUGCGUUGACCGGGUUCAAGAGCACGGACAGUUCGGAAGGCAAUAUGGCGGUGUUCGGAAUUGAUAUCGCUACUGAGGAGAUUCAGCUGUUGUCCACGAAUUCCGGUGUUCUGCCCGGUGCGGUGGCUGGAAAUAUUCCAGGGGAUCGACCGAGUUAUACUUUUUACAAUGCACAAGGUGUGCCAGGAAGUAUAUUCAUUUAUGUAUGUCCCGGCACGAGUAAGAUCAAGGAAAGGAUGAUCCAUGCAAGCUCAAGGCUGGGGAUGACGAAACUCGCUGGGUGGGAGGGCGUCGAGAUUGUGAAGAGGCUGGAGGCCGGAGACCCAGACGAGUUAGGUGGUGAGAGGUUGGAGCAUGAGGUCAAGGCCUUGAUCGCCGCUGCAGGUGUCACUGGUGGAGUUGCUGGCGUAGAAGGCGGCGACAACUCGGCUCCCGAGUCAGGAACAGCAACACCCCGAGGAGGAUUUGCCAGACCAAAAAGGCCAGGGAAGAGGUGA